AUGCUCGCUUUCUCUGGCAUUGAGAAUACUCCCAUAGACAACACAGAUUCAGACAGAACCACUGCGACCAACAACACCAUGGGCGGGUUUACGGAGGAAGAAGGUUCAUUGGUGUUGCCGGAUGGAACCACUUUGUAUACGAAGAGCUGGAAGCCCGAGGGAACACCACGAGCAAUCCUUGCAUUUUAUCAUGGAUACAGUGACCACUGCAACUCCUUUUUCGAAUUCUUCCCAAACCUUGCAUCCUCUGGCUUCGAGGUGCGCUCCGUCGAUCAGCGAGGAUGGGGUCGAUCCGUGAUCAACAACCGCAAACUCCGCGGUCACUUUGGCUCAACAACGGCCGUCAUGGCAGAUCUACACUUUUUCCUGCAAUCUCUCAUCCCAUUCACCAAAGAAAGCUCGGUCCCCUUGUUUCUGAUGGGGCAUAGCAUGGGUGGCAUGAACGUUUUGUACUACGCCCUGAAUCCCGAGUCGCCAUACCAUCACCAACAAGACAGCACACCGACGACCAAAGUCAAGGUUGCGGGCAUACUGUCCAUAGCGCCGUUGAUCACCGUGCAUCCUUCGAGCCAACCAUCCAAGAUUGUGGAAUAUGCGGGCCGAAUUGCAAAACUCCUCAUGCCCAGAAUGACCAUGGUACAGAAACUGCAGCCUACAUGGAUAUCCAAAAACCCCGCCGUUAUUGAUGACCUCAAUAACGACAAGGGCGUUUUGUUUCAUAAUACGGGUACCUUGGAAGGGUUGGCGGGCAUGUUGGAUCGAGGUGCGUGGUUGAAUGAGUGUUACAAGAAGACGAUUAGGGAGGAUUAUGUUUAUCGGGGCGAUGUGCCGCCGUUGUGGGUUGGGCAUGGCACUGAUGAUCGGAUUACAUGGUUUGAUUCGACGAAGAAGUUGGUGGAGGGGUUGCAUUUUCUGGAGGAUACGACCUUUAAAGAAUACAAGGAUGCGUCUCAUAAGUUGAUGAAUGAGCCGGAUGGGGUUGGGGACGCGAUGACCAAGGACGUUACGGAGUGGUUGGAGGCGAGGUUGCCAAAGGUUGAUGCUUGA